ACUAUGUCUUUUAAAGGAGGCAUAGUUGAAACAGAUACUUUAAUAGGUAUUGCUUUAGCUAUUGCAGGCAAUGUUCUUAUAUCUAUUGCUCUCAACAUACAAAAACUUGCCCACAAUAAACUCUCACAGCAAAAACACCAAGAAAAACGACCCACUCUUUAUUAUAGGUCAACUAGUCAUUCCUUAUCUUCAGUGGAAUCUUUAAACGACUUUCAAUAUGAUCAUAACAAAUUGAUAAGUGAUGAUACUCGCUAUUUACACUCAAAAACUUGGUGGUUAGGUAUUAUGAUGAUGGUUUUAGGUGAAACUGGUAAUUUUAUGGCUUAUGGAUUUGCCCCCGCUUCUACUAUUGCUCCUCUUGGAACAACUACUUUGGUUUCUAAUGCUAUUUUGGCUCCUUGUCUUUUGGAUGAACACUUUCGACCAAGAGACUUUUUUGGAGUACUCUUUGCUGUAUGUGGUGCUGCUGGCGUAGUUUGGAGUUCAAAAACACAUGAAGUCAAGUUAUCACCGGAAUUAGUGGCUGCUGCUCUUACUCAAAUUCGAUCUAUUGUAUUUUAUGGUAUUACUUUAUUUUUGAUUAUUGUAUUGACUUUGCUAUCUCCGGAUUAUGGUGCCAAGAAUAUCUUUGUGGAUCUAGGAAUUGUAGCAGUUUACGGUGCUUAUACUGUUCUUUCUACUAAAAGUUUAUCAUCAUUACUCAACCUUACAAUGUACAAGUUAUUUACAUACCCAAUCUCUUAUAUCUUACUUGUGGUUCUUAUCUUUACCGCUGUUAUGCAAAUCAAAUACUUGAACAAAGCUCUUCAACGAUUUGACGGUGUUGCUGUGAUUCCUACUCAAUUUGUUUUAUUCACUAUCUCAGCUAUUAUUGGUAGUGCUGUGAUUUAUCGUGAUUUCGAUGAUGAAGAUGCAGAUCAUCUUUUGAAAUUUAUUUUUGGGUGCCUGAUCGAAUUCUUCGGUGUUUUUCUUAUUACAUCCAAUCGACGAGAAAGUAACUAUCAUGCAAAUACUCGUGAUGAUGAUAGCAGCAUUCAUUACCGUCAUCCUCCUUCAAGCAAUGUGACCAUUCAUCCACCAUCACCCCCAUCUUUGAUUACCGCCGAACCGUCUACUACAACCACUUCAUCUACCACACCUCUUUUACAUUCACAUUAUUUUUCAUCCGAAAACACUGGUAAUGAUAAUGACACUAUAGGAAAACGAUCUAUCUCUUCAGCACGACGAUCUUCUAUAUUUGGUGGCAUUUCUCUUCACUCUCAACUGGCAUCUAAGGAUGAUGACUGAUUCAUCAUCAACAACUCUCUCUCUCUCUUUUUUUUUUUUUUUU